AUGGACCUUGUCAAUCACCUCUCUGACAGGCUGCUUUUCGCGGUUCCGAAGAAAGGUCGACUACAUGCCGCAACACUCGACCUCCUUGCAGGAUCCGACAUUCAAUUCCGGCGAGAAACCAGACUAGAUAUCGCCGUCGUCAAGAAUCUCGCACUGGCACUGAUCUUCCUGCCCGCGGCGGACAUUCCAACGUUCGUCGGGGAAGGUCGAGUCGAUCUGGGAAUCACUGGAAGAGAUCAAGUUGCUGAACAUGACGCUCACCUGGCACUCGGCGAAGAGUCCGGUGUAGAAGAGAUAAUGGACUUGGGCUUUGGGAAGUGUAAACUGCAAGUUCAAGUUCCUGAGAAGGGCAGUCUCCAGGACGUCAAAGAUCUCGUGGGCAAAAACAUCGUGACGAGCUUCACAGGGCUGGCCGAAGACUAUUUUGCACGAUUAGAAGGCAUGGGCAGUCGAAAGGAGAGCGUCAACGGCACGAUUAGUCCGGUACCAAAGUUAAAAACCAAGAUCAAGUUCGUGGGCGGAAGUGUCGAGGCAGCUUGUGCAUUGGGAGUCGCAGAUGGAAUUGUCGAUUUGGUCGAAUCUGGCGAAACCAUGAGAGCAGCCGGCCUCAAAGCAAUUGAUACUGUGGUUGAGAGUACGGCAGUCCUGAUCAAGUCGAAGUCUGUCUCGGACGAGAAACUGGUCAAUCUGAUCGCGGCCCGGAUACGGGGAGUCAUCACGGCGCAAAAAUAUAUCUUGUGCCAAUACAAUGUUCCGCGCGCGAAAUUGCUCGAAGCUGCAAAAAUCACACCGGGCAAGCGAGCGCCCACGGUCACUGCGCUGGAAGAACCGGAUUGGGUUGCUGUCAGUUCGAUGGUAGAGAAGAAAGACAUUGCAACGGUCAUGGAUGCGUUGACGGCUGUGGGGGCGACGGAUAUUUUGGUGUUAGACAUUGCCAACUCGCGGACGGGCUGA